UUUUGAAAUGAAGGAAGCAUUAGUUAAAUCCAAAUAAAGUCCAUUUUCUUGAUCCAUUCAAACUACAACGGCGCCGUUCUCUUCUUAUAUUUCUAGACCCCAGAAAAGGCAUCUUAAUCACAAAGCAAAAAAGAUUAUUAAUAACCAUAUUUGGAAGACUACAGAAGGAGCAUUAACAACUGAGAACUAACAAAAGCUCCGGCCAACUUCCCCUGUAAUACUCCUCCGUGGUGCAUCUUCUUUGAUCCCGAUCCGUUAAUUGACUCGAGUUCAACUGAAUGGGUCAAGAAUCAUUCAUAUAUAGUUUUGUAGCUCGUGGUACUAUGGUACUAGCUGAGUACACCGAGUUCACGGGAAACUUCCCUGCGAUUGCUGCUCAGUGCUUGCAGAAAUUGCCCUCUUCAAACAAUAAGUUCACUUAUAAUUGUGAUCACCAUACUUUUAACUUCCUUGUUCAAGAUGGUUAUGCUUAUUGUGUUGUUUCCAAAGAAUCUGUGGGAAAGCAAAUUUCUAUCGCAUUUUUGGAACGUGUGAGAGCCGAUUUUAAGAAAAGAUAUGGUGGUGGUAAAGCAGAUACCGCUGUGGCUAAAAGCCUCAAUAAAGAGUUCGGACCUAUCAUGAAAGAGCACAUGCAGUAUAUAAUUGACCAUGCUGAUGAGAUCGAGAAACUAUUAAAAGUUAAAGCCCAAGUGUCUGAAGUUAAAAGUAUUAUGUUGGAGAAUAUAGACAAGGCCAUUGAAAGAGGACAAAACUUGACAACACUAUCUGACAAGGCUGAUGAUCUGCGUGAUUCGGCCCAAGAAUUCAAGAAAAAGGGAACUCAAAUACGUCGGAAGAUGUGGUAUCAGAAUAUGAAAAUAAAGUUGGUUGUGUUAGGUAUCAUCCUGUGUUUGGUUCUUAUAAUCUGGCUUUCCAUUUGCCAUGGUUUCAGUUGCACGAACUAGCAUAUCAAUGUGCACAGUUGGGACCCAAUUCAUACAAAUGUAGACUAACAGGAUCAAACAGGCACAUCGUGGAGGAAUUUGCCAUGAAGAAAGUAAAGCAUCUAUAAGCCUUUUGUUUCAGAUUGUUUCUGAAACCUUUUAGAAAAACCAAAAGAAUAUUAUUUUCCUUGUGUUUGUUUCUUAUAGAUUUUUAGAGUAGUGUGAAUGUCUUUUUAUUCGUGUCUUUUUUUCGUUGAGGGGUCAGGCGGGGAGGGGUUGGAGGAGGGCUGUAGGCAGGCUAUAAGCUUGAAAUUGUGUAUUUUGUGCUGUGUAAAUUGUAGACAUGCUAGAUACCUAUAACUGGUAAAAGAAUUUUGAUUUGGUGAAAUAAUCUGUGAUUGAUAGCAUUGUUGGAA